AUGAGAUACGCUAGAUUUAGCCGCUUUUUCAAAGAACGUGUGUAUCCUACAUACAGUGGUGAGCGUGGUCACAGCGCUGCAGUGUCUCCAAUGUGGCUUGGUUCGAGCAUGCUUUGUCCGAACAGGUGAUAACGGCACCUCAGCGGACACCGGGCAUUCGAACAAUGAUACCAUUCGUUACCCUUUGUCUCGCCUUUGUCUCGCCUCUUCUUGGGCUCAACAACAAGCAUGUGGUCUGUGAGUCGCACUGAGAGCCACAGUAGUACAGUGCAGCGCGUACAAGAACCGUGAAUGGAUGGAUGUAUGUGCCGUACCGGUACAGUAUGCGGCGAGAUCUUGCUUGUGCGUCAAAGUGCAGCACUUUAUGCUCACUGCAUGUUUGUCACAUACAGUACCCGGCGGACGACCCUAGCGCAUCGCGAUCCAGUCCGAACUUUCGUGUUUGGUGUGCAGAAGGACGACCUGGUGCGGCGAGCCAUGAAGGAAGCUUUCGAGAUUUGA